UUGGAAUAAUAAUAUGAGAAGACUUAGAAUCUAUUGAAAUCAUAGAGGUUUGGAAUGGACAAACCUAGAAUAAUGUUUCUUAAAGACUCUGGAUCUGCUGAUUUCAGAAGACAUUUAAUUCACUCGAAUCCCUUCACUAUUGCUGUGGUCUUACUUCUCAGUGUGUCUUUCAUAACCAGUUGCCUUGGAGGAACAGAAAAGGAGCUGAGACUAGUGGAUGGUGAGAACAAAUGUAGUGGCAGAGUAGAAGUGAAAGUGCAGGAAGAGUGGGGAACUGUAUGCAAUCAUGAUUGGGACAUGGAGGAAGUCUCUGUGGUUUGUAGUCAGCUGGGAUGUCCAACUGCCGUCAAAGCCUCUGGAUGGACUAAUUCCAGUGCUGGAUCUGGGCGUAUUUGGAUGGAUCAUAUUUCCUGUAGAGGAAAUGAAUCUGCUCUUUGGGAUUGCAACCAUAAUGGAUGGGGAAACCAAAAUUGUACUCACCAACAAGAUGCUGGAGUAACUUGUUCAGAUGGAUCCGAAUUGGAGCUGAGGCUGGUGAAUGGGGUCAACAGGUGCUCUGGAAGAGUUGAGGUCAAAUUUCAAGGACAGUGGGGAACAGUUUGUGAUGAUCAGUUUUACAUGGACGAUGCUUCUGUGGUUUGUAACCAACUGGGAUGUGGAGGUGCCAUCAGUUUCUCUGGAUCUGCAAAGUUUGGAGCAGGUUCUGGACGGAUCUGGCUUGAUGAUAUGUCCUGCCAUGGAAAUGAGUCAGCUCUUUGGUACUGUGGUCACCGAGGAUGGGGAAGCCAUAACUGUGCUCAUGGUGAAGAUGUUGGAGUGAUUUGCUUGGAGGGAGCAGACAUGGGCCUGAGAUUGGCAGACGGAGGCAGGUGUUCAGGAAGAGUGGAAGUGAAAUUCCAAGGAGAAUGGGGGACGGUGUGUGACAACAGCUGGGACAGCAGUGAUGCCAGUGUGGUGUGUAAGCAGCUGGGAUGUCCCACUGCAGUCACGCCCACGGGUCGUGCAAAUGCCAGCGAAGGCUCAGGAAAUAUUCUGCUCGACAGUGUUGCCUGCAAUGGACAUGAGUCUGCCCUCUGGUACUGUAAACACCAGGAGUGGGGAAAACAUUUUUGUCAUCAUAACGAAGAUGCUGGCGUGACAUGUUCUGAUGGAUCAGAUCUGCAUCUGAGACUUACAGGUGGAGGCAGCCGCUGUGCUGGGAGAGUGGAGGUAGAAAUUCAGAAACUUGCGGGGAAUGUAUGCAGCAGAGGCUGGACGAUGAAAGAGGCUGACAUCGUUUGCAGACAGCUAGGCUGUGGAUUUGCAGUUCAGACCUCUGCUGUACUGUACUCUAAAACAGAAGCAACAAAAACCUGGUUGGAAAUACGCAGCUGCAGUGGAAAUGAAACUUCUCUUUGGGGCUGCAAGAAUUGGCAGUGGAGUGGACAGGACUGUCCCUCUGAAGGAGCCCAAAUUACCUGCUCAGCCCACAGGGAGCCCAGGCUGGUCAAUGGGGACAUUCCCUGCUCUGGUCGUGUGGAAGUGAAGCACGGGGACGAGUGGGGCUCCGUCUGUGACUCCGACUUCUCUCUGGAAGCUGCAAAUGUCUUGUGCAGGGAACUUCAGUGUGGCUCAGCUAUCUCCCUCCUAGGGGGAGCUCACUUCGGAGAAGGGAAAGGACAAAUCUGGGCUGAAGAAUUUCAGUGUGAAGGACACGAGUCCCACCUUUCGCUCUGCCCACUUGCUCGGCGCCAAGAUGGGAUUUGUGCCCAUGGCAGAGACGUUGGCGUAGUCUGCUCAAGAUACACGGAAAUGCGCCUGGCUAAUGGCAAGUCCUCCUGUGAGGGAAGAGUGGAGCUCAAGGUUCUUGGAGUCUGGGGAUCCCUCUGUGGCUCUCACUGGAACAUGGAAGAUGCUCACGUUUUAUGCCAGCAGAUGAAAUGUGGAAUUGCCCUUUCUACCCCAGAAGGAGAACACUUUGGCAGAGGAAAUAGCCAGGUCUGGAGGCACAUCUUCCACUGUAACGGGACUGAGGAGCACAUGGGAGACUGCCCUGUGACAGCUCUGGGUGCAUCACUGUGUUCUGAAGGGCAGGUGGCCUCUGUCAUCUGCUCAGGAAACCAGUCCCAGAGAUUGUUGCCAUGCAAUUCAUCAUCCCCGAUGCCAACCAGCUCUCCCAGUGCACAAGAAAGUGCUGUCACCUGCCUAGAAAGCAGUCACAUUCGCUUGGUAGAUGGACCAGGUCGCUGUGCAGGGAGAGUGGAGAUCUACCACGAGGGCUCCUGGGGCACCAUCUGUGAUGACAGCUGGGAAUUGGGUGACGCCCAUGUGGUGUGCAGACAGCUGGGCUGUGGAGUGGCCAUUAAUGCUACUGGUUCUGCUUAUUUUCGGGAAGGAACGGGACCUAUCUGGCUGGAUGAGAUAAACUGCGAUGGAAAAGAAGCCCAUAUUUGGCAGUGCCAUUCCCACGGCUGGGGUCAGCAUAAUUGCAGGCAUAAAGAAGAUGCAGGAGUUAUCUGCUCGGAGUUUAUGUCUCUGAGACUCGCAGGGGAAAGCAGCAAAGGCCCCUGUGCAGGACAUCUGGAAGUGUUUUACAGUGGAGUCUGGGGCAGCGUUGGCAGGAGUGGCAUGUCCCUGGCCACUGUGGGGGUCGCGUGCAAGCAGCUCGGCUGUGGAGACAGCGGAACCAUGGAACCUGCACCGCUGGACAGAACCCCAGCCAGGCUGAUGUGGGUGGAUGAGGUGCGAUGCCCAGUGGGGCCGGACACGCUGUGGCAGUGCACGUCCUCUCCGUGGAGGCAGAGACUGGCCAGCCCCGCCGAGGAGACCCGGAUCAAGUGUGACGAAAAGAUAAGGCUUAAAGAUCAGGACAAACCAGCCCAGUGCUCCGGCCGCGUGGAGAUCUGGCACGGCGGCUCCUGGGGGUCUGUGUGCGACGACUCCUGGGACCUGGAAGACGCGCAGGUGGUCUGCAGGCAGCUGGGCUGCGGCCUGGCUGUGACAGCACUGAAAGAGGCCGCUUUUGGUCAGGGGACUGGACCCGUGUGGCUCAGCCAGGUCAAGUGCAGAGGAAAUGAGUCUUCCCUUUGGGACUGUCCCGCAGGACGAUGGGGGCACAGCGACUGCGGGCACAAGGAAGACGCCGCAGUGCGGUGCCUCCCAGGAGCAUCAGAAUCACCACGGCCAUCAGGGCACAAGACUCUCAUUGUUUUGGUGAUCUUCGGAAUCGUUCUGUUGGCCCUUCUCAUCGUACUCAUCACGUGGAUUUUGAAAAACAGACAGAUACAGAGGCUUACAGUUUUCUCAAGAGGGGAACGUUUUGUCCACCACAUCCGAUACAAAGAGAUGAAUUCAAACCUGAAGGCAGAUGAUCUGGACCUGCCAACUUCUUUGGAUGAGGAAGCCAUUCUGAAGCACAGUGAUGAGAAUGGGAAUUUAUAACCCAGUGAGCCUUUCAUAUACCUUGGUGAAGACUCACUGAAUGGAACAUAGUCCAUCUCUUCCACUGAUCUCUGCAAUAGUAUUUCUAUAAAGCCCUUUGUGUUCUGAUGUUGUAAAGACUGCUGGUGAACUUUCAAAAUUAAAUCUGUGAAUGUGAUUUCUUAGUAGUGCAUGCAAAGCUUUC